ACAGCGCAAUAACUUGAGGGCACAGCUGGAUUUUCAGAUUCGGAUUUUAUUUCUCCCUUAUAAUGGAGGAGGUAUAGCAGCCCGCAAGUGAGAUUUCGAAGUUUCGUAUCCUUUUUCUUCACUUGUGGGGUCCUCUGUUUUUCUUACUCUGUUAUUGACAGCCUAAUCAACAGCCUGGAAACCUGUGCUUGUACCCACACUAAAAGGCUUCAACUUCAUAAUGGUCUUCCACUCACCAAUUGGGUUCAUGUAAAUCUUACUUCUAGCUUCAACUCUUUCUCGUCUCUAUCAUAUCUCUUCACCUGGCACCACAUUAUGCGCAUUUUGCUCCUUCCAUGAGGUUUUGUGUAUGUUGCCCACAAACUGCUUGACAAUAGGAUUUGCAGCGUUUUGCUCAUUUUUGACGUAAUUCUGAGGUGUCUGUGAAUUUCCCGGCUGAUUCGUUUUUCUGUGAAUCGGGUAUUCGGCAACCCGUUUAUGGAUUAGUGAAGACCCGGAAGUUAAGAUGGUGAAGGUGAACAUAGUGAAGUGGGUUUCUUUUGUUCUGGUAGUGUUUUUGUUCUUGGUGGAUGAGUCAUUUGCCUCAUACACCCCUCCUGAUAAUUAUCUGAUUGCUUGUGGUUCUUCUGAAAAUAUCACUUUCCAAGGUCGUACUUUUGUCCCUGAUUCACAGCACUCUUCAUUAGCAUUGGAAUCUGGGAAUUCUGUUGCUGCUGCUAGUUCUAGUUCUCGUGCCCCAUUCCCAUUAUACCAGUCAGCUCGGAUUUUCACGGAGAAAGCUUCUUAUAGCUUUGAAAUUCAGCAACAAGGCCGUCACUGGGUCCGUCUGUACUUCUUCCCUGUUAAAAACCCUAGCCAUGACUUGAAUUCUGCCUCGUUAACUGUGGUCACUGGUGAAUUUGUUCUCUUGAACAACUUCACCUUUAAGAACUACAAUGGUUCUUAUAUGUUCAAGGAGUACGCAAUCAAUGUUACAUCUGAUAGCUUGACUCUUACCUUCCUUCCGUCAAAUGGUUCGGUGGUUUUUGUCAAUGGUAUUGAAGUUGUAUCAAUGCCAAAUGACUUGUUUGUUGAUCAGGCAUUGGCUUUAAGCCCAUCAACCCCAUUCAGUGGCCUUUCCGAGCUUGCUUUUGAAACUGUUUACCGGUUGAAUAUGGGAGGUCCUCUGCUUAAUGCUCAAAAUGAUACCCUUGGAAGGACUUGGGAGAACGAUCUGAAAUACCUUCAUGUGAAUAGUUCUGUCCUUAAUGUUUCAGUUAACCCUUCGACCAUCAAGUAUCCAGCUGGUGUUUCAUCCGAGACUGCACCAAAUUGGGUUUAUGCCACUGCAGAAACGAUGGGUGAUGCAAAUGUGGCUCAAAAUACUUUCAACAUUACUUGGGUCUUCCCUGUGGAUCCAAACUUCUCUUAUUUCAUUCGGGCACACUUCUGUGAUAUUAUGAGCAUAUCUCUCAAUAGUUUAGUGUUUGAUAUGUUCAUAAAUUCUGAUAUAGCUCUUGGAGGUUUUGACCUCUCAUCCAUAACUGGUAACUUGGCUGUGCCUUACUACAAGGACUUCGUUUCCAAUGCCUCCACAGAAUCGAACACUUUGAGUGUAAGUGUUGGUCCAGAUUCAAUGGCAGACAUGACAAACGCCACCAUGAAUGGGCUGGAGAUAAUGAAAAUUAGCAAUGCAUUGAAGAGCUUGGACGGGCUAUCUUCAGUGGAUGGUCUUCUUCCUAGAUCAUCUUCGAAGGCGAACAAGAUAGGAAUAAUAGUUGGUGCUGCUGUUGGAGCAGUAACUGCUAUAGCAUUCGUCGGUUUGUGUUACUACUGCUGCUUUGUGAGACGCCGGUCAAAGUCCACUCAACAAGGUAAUUCAUGGCUGCCUUUGCCCCUAUAUGGAAACUCUCAGACCAUGACAAAAUCAACAAUGUCACAGAAGAGUGGGACAGCAAGUUACAUUUCUUUAGCCUCGACGAAUAUUGGGCGUUUCUUCAGUUUCCAAGAGAUCCUAGAUGCAACCAACAAAUUUGAUGAGAAGCUGCUUCUUGGGGUUGGUGGUUUUGGGAGGGUUUAUAAAGGAACACUCGAAGAUGGCACCAAUGUAGCUGUCAAAAGAGGCAAUCCCAGAUCUGAACAAGGCAUUGCUGAAUUCAGAACUGAAAUCGACAUGUUGUCCAAGCUUCGCCAUCGUCAUCUUGUGUCUCUCAUAGGCUAUUGUGAUGAGAGGUCAGAAAUGAUUCUUGUCUAUGAAUAUAUGGCUAAUGGACCUCUUAGAAGCCAUUUGUAUGGAGCAGACCAGCCACCACUAUCAUGGAAGCAGCGGCUUGAAAUUUGCAUUGGAGCAGCUAGGGGCCUCCAUUAUCUUCACACUGGUGCAGCUCAAAGCAUAAUUCACAGAGACGUGAAGACAACAAACAUCCUCUUGGAUGACAAUUUUGUUGCCAAAGUUGCUGACUUCGGCCUCUCAAAAACUGGCCCUGCUCUGGAUCAGACCCAUGUAAGCACUGCAGUGAAAGGCAGUUUCGGUUAUCUUGACCCUGAGUACUUCAGAAGGCAACAACUCACAGAGAAAUCAGAUGUGUAUUCAUUUGGAGUAGUUCUAAUGGAAGUAUUAUGCACAAGGCCAGCUUUGAAUCCUGUCCUUCCAAGGGAGCAAGUUAACAUAGCUGAGUGGGCGAUGACCUGGCAGAAAAAGGGCAUGCUUGAUCAAAUCAUGGAUCAAAAUCUGGUGGGGAAGGUGAGUCCUGCUUCUCUUAAGAAGUUCGGCGAGACGGCCGAGAAAUGCUUGGCCGAGCAUGGUGUGGACAGGCCAUCUAUGGGAGAUGUAUUGUGGAAUCUUGAAUAUGCUCUGCAGCUUCAAGAGACCUCUUCAGCACUCACAGAACCUGAAGAUAAUAGCACAAAUCACAUUACUGGAAUUCAGCUGACUACGCUUGAGCCUUUUGAUAACAGUGUAAGUAUGAUUGAUAUGGGUAACUCUGGCACAGAUGAUGAUGCAGAAGAUGCUGCCACAAGUGCAGUGUUCUCACAAUUGGUAAAUCCUCGAGGAAGAUAAAAUCUUCCUGUGUGUGUUCAUGGUCAAUUCCAGCCUUGGGCCAUCAAGUACAGUGGCCUUUUUUGGCCUCGGAACAAGUUGAGAAGUUCCUGAUUGAUGAAUGGAGGUUUACCAUCAUUUCUCUAUAUUUUUUUAAUCCUUUUUUUUUUCCCUUGCCCAUAAGCAAGUCCUGUAACAUAGUAAACUUCCGGGUACAAAUGAACCUGUCAGAAAUUGCCUGCAAGGUACCAUCAAGAUUCUGUUGUUCUUUAUAUAAAUCAAAGGAGUUAAA